AAGACGAUUUGACAUUUGUGUAAGCGAAACGACGAAGGAGAUAGACAAAAAAAAUAGCGGCAAAAAGUAGCAUAAGCAAGUGCUCUCUCACAUUCUCCGCAAAGAAAAAGAGAAGGAAGACAAAACGGUCGCAGCGAAAUUGGCAGCAGCAACAGCAGCAGCAGCAAUAAGAAGAAGAAGAGAGGUUGCAUCUACUUGUCAUCCAUUGAAACACACACAGCGCCGGUUGGUAUUUUCGCUUUCGUUGUUCAGACUCAUUGUGUACAGUCAUUGAAAUCAAGAAGAAGCAGCGAUAGCAUCAGUAGAGGAAUUUACUCAACACGAUACAAUUGGCCUGCUCAACUGUGACACUACAGUCGUACUUUUAUCAGAGUAUUUGUUUUUAUUUCAUUUGUGAAUCGCUCGACAUCUCUCGAAAUGGCUUCAACUGCAAAGAAACCAAAGGAUGAAGGUUUGGCCGAUGGUGAAUCGGAAUUCUUAGAGCAAAUCGAUACAUGCCAAAAUGAAAUCGAUUCAUUGAACGAAAAAGCUUCCGAAGAAAUUUUGAAGGUCGAACAGAAGUACAAUAAAUUGCGAAAGCCACUGUUUGAAAAGCGCAACGAUAUCAUCAAAAACAUUCCGAACUUUUGGGUUACGGCCUUUAUAAACCACUCUCAAAUCUCGGGGCUGUUGGAAGAAGAGGAAGAGGAAUGCUUGCACUUCUUGGGCAAAAUGGAAGUGGAAGAAUUCGAAGACAUCAAGUCGGGCUACCGCAUCAAUUUCUACUUUGAAGAGAAUCCAUUCUUCGAAAAUAAAUUGUUGACAAAGGAAUUCUGCUUGGGUGGCAAUUCCGGCCCAGUGUCAAAGAGCACCACGAUCGAGUGGAAAGAAGGCAAAGAUUUGCGCAAAUCAAACAAACAACAGCAACAGCAAAGCAGUCGGCGGAAACGACCAUUCGAAUUCAAAACAUUUUUCGAUUGGUUCAGCGAUAACAGCGAUCCAGUCAAUGAUGAAAUCGCCGAAUUGCUGAAGGAUGAUCUUUGGCCAAAUCCGUUACAAUAUUAUCUUGUACCAGACAUCGAGGUUGAAGCCGAAGAAAAUGAAAAUAGCGGUGAAGAAUACGGCGAGGAAGAGCAGUUUGAUGAUGACGAAGAAAUUGAAGAAGAAGCCGAGGACGAUAAAUAAGUAUCAUAACUGCACUUUUCAACAUUUUCAACAAUAGACAAAGCACAUAUUCCUCUGAAAAAAGAGAAACAGUAUCACACCAUAACACAGACAACUACUGAUCACUUAACUGAAUAAGACAAUUGAUACGUAUAAGAUUUUAGAAAUAUUUCAAUGAGAGGAGGAAAAACAACAACCAACAACAAUGUAUCUAAAAAAAUAUCCAUGAAAAAAAUUUAAAACGAAAAUUAUGAGAGCAAAUCAUAUUGACGACAUAGCCUCUUUAGGACAUUCAGUAUCGAAUUAUCGAGUUUCAACAAUUCAAUCAGUAGUUUGAUGUACACAAUAAACAUUUUAAAAAAACAAUUCUAAUAAAUUACGUGAGUUCUUAAAACGCUUUGUCAAAAAGCAAAUUAGAACGUUCGGGUUUUAUUUACA